AUGGGUUUUGGUGUACUUGAAGACCGUUCCAGGCUGCCCAACGUCCCUGGAACGGUCGCGCUCGCCGAAAUGAAUGAGCAAUCCUUUGACAAUCCCGCAACACUCAAACGAGGCCAGGGGGGUGACAAGAACAUCAACCUGGUGCCGCAACCAUCAGAUGAUCCGAAUGACCCCUUGAAUUGGCCUUUGCGGAAGAAAGUCAUGAUCGUGGCAAUUAUGGUUUUUGGUGCAUGUUUGAAUGCUGGUACAGUCGGGCCACUACUCAGCGCCAGCAUUGUGGUUAUUGCGGAUGAUUUCAAACGGCCUAUAGCAGAGAUCACUCUUUUGACCGGAUACUGUCUGGUUGUGGCUGGGGCUUCCUGCCCUCUCGUUUCAGCCUUUGGCACCAAAUUUGGCAAGCGUCCCGUCCUUCUUAUGUCGUCGAUGGCGUCUCUUAUUGGGAGUAUUAUCGGCUCGAUUAGCCAAAACUACAACACCCUGCUCGUCGGUCGAAUUGUUCAGGGAUUCUCCAUUGCGGCAUACGAAUCAAUCACGUUUACGUUGAUCGGGGACCUAUUCUUCGUCCAUCAACGCGGCUUAUGGAUCAAUGUCAUCUCUUUCACUCUCACGGCUGUCUCAAACUUGAGUUCUAUUGUAGCCGGGUCUAUCACAUAUAAUCUUGGCUGGCAUUACCUAUUCCAUAUUCUGAUAGCAUGCUCAGGGCUCCAAGUACUCUUGCUUUUCUUGUUUGCACCUGAAACCUGCUACAAAAGAGAUACUCAACUCAACGAACGACUUGCAGCCAGGGAUGGGAAAGCUCAAAUCAAGGGCACUGAAACGAUAGAGCAUCUCGAGUACUCCUCACCACCUCGAGAUCUAUCUACUAUCCCCUUGAAGUCCUUCCGACAAAAUCUCGCUUUUUCCACCGGCUCAUAUAGCGACGACAGUAUUUUCAAGCUCUUACUCGGCCCCUUCCUAUGUCUUACAAAUAUUUUCGCUUUAUGGAACGUCGUCAUGACGGGCGUGGUCACCUCAACAUAUGUGGCAAUAUCCUAUGUCGUGGCUCAGAUCUUCUCUGAGCCACCCUAUCUCCUUUCAACUGCGCAAAUCGGCUACCUAUCGGUCGGUCCUUUUCUUGGCGGUGUCAUUGGAUGUACACUGGUUGCCCAGGCUUCAGAUCCUUUAGCUGUCUGGAUGGCAAAACACAACAACGGCAUCUAUGAGCCAGAGUUCAGACUUCCGUUGAUUAUAUUUGCAUUCAUUGCAACUGGAGGCUUAUUUGGAUUUGGUGCUACAUCAGCAGCACAUGAGAGUAUUUACUUAGUGGACUUUAUGUGGGGGUUGACACUGGCUGGAAUCUCGUUUGCAGUGGGAUCUUGUUCGGCUUACGCCAUCGACGCCUUCGGGAGCAUGAGCAAUGACAUAUUCGUGGCUAAUGUCAUGUUUAAAAACUUCCUGUUCUUUGGCUACAGCUAUUUUAUCAACGACUGGAUUGUUAAGGACGGGGUUGCAACUCCAUUUUAUGUGUUCGGGGGCAUCAGUGCUGGGCUCAUUGUGACAGCCCUGCCUGUGUAUCUUUUCGGCAAAAGAUACAGGAGUAUGUGGUAUCGUCAUAAUGUUAUGGACAUGGUGAAAGUCAAGAUUCUCGGGUGGUUAUAG